AAGCAAAGUAGCUGCUGCCUCUCUCGCAUUAAUACUCCUCUCUGUUCUGCAUGUUGAAAGAAAGCAAAGCAUUUUCGAGUUCUUGAGGAAAAAAAAUCAAGAAAAUGUCAAAAGAAGCUGAGAUGUCGAUCGCUGUAUCAGCGUUGUUCCCUGGAUUCAGAUUCUCUCCGACAGACGUCGAACUCAUCUCGUAUUACCUCCGUCGUAAAAUCGAUGGUGACGAAAACUCUGUCGCUGUGAUCGCUGAAGUCGAGAUUUACAAGUUCGAGCCGUGGGACUUGCCAGGAGAAUCGAAAUUAAAAUCGGAGAACGAGUGGUUUUACUUCUGCGCAAGGGGAAGGAAGUAUCCUCACGGUUCACAGAGCCGGAGAGCUACACAGCUCGGAUAUUGGAAAGCUACCGGUAAAGAGAGAAGUGUGAAAUCGGGUAACCAAAUCGUUGGAACCAAGAGAACUCUUGUUUUUCAUAUCGGCCGGGCUCCUCGAGGCGAAAGAACCGAGUGGAUUAUGCAUGAAUACUGCAUUCAUGGAGCUGCACAGAACGCAUUAGUGGUGUGCCGGUUAAGGAAAAAUGCUGAUUUUCGAGCUAGUUCGAGCCAGAGGCAAAUGGAGGAUGGUCUUGUGCAAGAUGAUGACUAUGUUGGUAAAACUGGUGGUGGUUCGGAGAGUGAGAAGAAAGCUUAUUCGAUUUAUGAAUCUGAGCUUCAGAUUUCAAAUGGUGACAUCAGAGAAUCAUCAAAUGUUGUUGAGGAUCAAGCAGACACCGAUGAUGAUUGUUACGCCGAGAUUCUGAACGAUGAUAUAAUAAAGCUUGACGAGGAGGCAUUGAAAGCAAGUCAAGCAUUUCGACCAAACUAUCCAACUCAACAAGAAACAAUAUUCAGCGAGGCAUCAUCGAGUAAGCAGAGGUCAGAAUGUGCUAUAAAGAAAGAAUCAAAGCAAACGAUGAAUUGUUACGCUUUGUUCAGGAUCAAGAACGUCUCCGGCGCCGGCACCGCCUCCUCCGGCUGGAGAAUCCCGAAUCCGUUCCAAAUCAAGAAAGAUGAUAGCCAGAGAAUGAUGAAGAAUGUUAUGGCUACUACUAUUUUCUUGGCUAUCUUAAUGUCUGUCUUUUUUACUGUCUUAACAACUAGGGACUAAAUGUUUAGUCAUGUGUGUCGUUAUGUCGUCUUCUUUGACUCGCAGUUAUUAAUACUUGUACUACGACACCUUAACUACAUUGAUAGGUAAUUACACGUGUUUUGUAUGUUUUUUGCUCUCUAUUUACUAGGGACCGAGUAAUUAAUGUUUGUAGAUAUUUUCUAUAGACGGAUUACGAAUGGUCUUUUUUUAUUGUUUAUUGUUUUCUCCUUUUCUGGUGUGAUAAAAAUCUCUUUGG